CCCUACAUUGCUCUCCAUUUUCCCCACACGCCCUUUCAACUCUUAAUUACCUUUCACUUUUCUUUUUUCUUUCUUUCCAUAUAUAUAUAAAUACCUCCCUCUUCCACUAACAUCUUUCAUAUGUCUUAUUAGAUACUGAUAGUUAGAUAGUUAUAGUUUGAAAGAAUGAAAGAAAGUGGUGGAGGUAGAAAACAAGGAGCAGCUUCACCCUGUGCUGCAUGCAAACUUCUAAGAAGAAGAUGUGCUCAAGAUUGUGUCUUUGCUCCUUAUUUCCCUGCCGACGAACCUCACAAGUUUGCUAAUGUUCAUAAAGUCUUUGGUGCUAGCAAUGUCAACAAAAUGCUUCAGGACUUACCUGAACAUCAAAGAGGAGAUGCAGUGAGUAGCAUGGUGUAUGAAGCAAAUGCAAGGGUUAGAGACCCUGUGUAUGGUUGUGUAGGGGCAAUUUCGUCACUUCAGCAACAAAUUGAUGUUCUUCAAACCCAAUUGGCUGUGGCUCAAGCUGAGGCUGUGCACCUAAGGGUGCGCCAAACUGCAUCAUCUUUUUGGAACAGUGCAGGACAUAGCCCAACUAGCCCAACCUAUAGUGGCUCUCCAUCAUCUAAGAUCAAUGAAUCACAAGCCAAACAUAUCUUUGAUAUGGACAUGGUGGUGGACCAAGGUGGUUAUGCUGAUUCAAUGUGGUGAUGCAAUACAACUACUAUGGUUAAAAAAUAUAUAAUUUUAUAUACUACUAGUAUCUAUUUAGACUAUACAAAAACAAAGGAGGGACACAUUAUUUUUUUGAAGUAAUGUCUUCUACCAGUUUCACUUUUAAACCUAGAGACACGUUAGACCUACUUUGGUUCUGACGAGUCUCUGAAAUUCAACUCAUCUAAAAAAUUUAUAAUUUAGUAGAAUAGAGCUAGGACUCUAGAAGCAGUGGUGGCGGAGGCCGUUCGCCCGCUUGAUUUAGUUUGGUUAUAGAUUUCUCAUUGAUGAUUGAUGAGAUUUAGUUUGGUAGUGUAAAUAUAUAUUACCAUUUGACAUUGUGUUAAGGGCAAGGUUAUAUGGUUGGAUUGUGGAUUUUUCAUGGUUAAAAGAAAGGAUUGAGUUUUGUAUUGUUGUUCUUUCUAGUGAUGUUUGACUUUAUGUUUUGGAUUUUACAAGGAAGAUGCACUUGUUGGCAUUUACUUAGUUUUUCACAAGUAUUGCUACUUCUUUGUAAUGUUGGGGUAUUGCUAUACAAUUAUGAGUUAUCAUGUUGUCUUGUUUUCUUUACCUUUUGUUCUUUUUGGUUUAUGUCUUCUUCUAUGUAUACUUUUGUUUUUUACAUCAUUGAAAGGUCAUUUGAGCAUUAAAAAAGAAAACCACUACAUAAUGUGCUACACACGCUUCUUGAUUAGUUCAACUAACGACAUCAAUAAUACCCUUUUUAACGACAAAUAUUAACACUAAAGUUAGUAGUGGUAUUUUCUUAGCAGUGAGGAUAUUAUACUCUCCCUAGUCCCUACUUAUCGGUAAUGUUUCUUUAAGCUUGAAUUAUGUUUAAGUAAUUAAAUUAGUUAAUGCAACUUUAUAUAAAACAUCCGUAUUAAAGAACUUCGCAAAAUAAGAAUAUUAUUCAUAUAAACGCAGAUAUGAUUAA